CACAUUGUCUCCCUAUUCUUCCCACGUCAAACUCUUCUCUGUUUACACAUUAUAUACACAUUGCAUCCUUUUAAUUGAGUUUCUUGAUUGAAACUCAAGAUGGGAUUUUUGUUACUCUCUCUGUUUUUGCUGUUUUCAUUAGAAACAAAUGCAAAGCAAGAGGAGCAUUAUUAUCUGAAUGCCACAAACUCCACUGAUGCCAAGAAAAUAAGCAGUGGUUGCAAUAUUUUCAAAGGCAAAUGGGUUUUUGAUUCUUCCUAUCCUCUCUAUGAUUUUUCAAGCUGUCCUUUCAUUGACAACGAAUUCAACUGCCAGAAAUAUAACAGACCUGAUAAAUCCUACCUCAAAUAUAGAUGGCAACCUUUCUCCUGUAACCUGCCAAGGUUCAAUGGGUUGGUUUUCUUGGAGAAAUACAGAGGGAAGAAUAUCAUGUUUGUGGGUGAUUCUCUCAGUUUGAAUAUGUGGGAGUCAUUGGCUUGCAUGAUUCACUCAUCAGUGCCAAAUGCCAAAACUGCAGUCAUAAGGAAAAAUGGAAUUUCUGAAAUUGCAUUUUUGGAUUAUGGAGUUAGAUUGCUAAUGUAUCGUACUCCUUAUUUGGUGGACAUGGUGAAAGAAAACAUUGGAACAGUUCUGAAGUUGGAUUCCAUUACUGAUGGCAAUGCUUGGAAAGGAAUGGAUGUAUUAAUAUUCAACUCUUGGCAUUGGUGGACUCAUACCGGCAAUUCCCAGCCGUGGGAUUACAUACAAGAAGGGAAUAAAGUUGUCAAAGAUAUGAACCGUAUGGUUGCUUUCUACAAAGGAAUGACUACAUGGGCUGGAUGGGUCAACAAAAAUAUUGACCCAACUAAAACUAGUGUCUUUUUCCAGGGAAUUUCCCCCGUUCACUAUCAGGGCAAGCAUUGGAACGAACCAUCAAAAUCAUGCAAAGAAGAAACACAACCAUUCUUUGGUACAAAGUAUCCAGCAGGGACACCUCAAGAAGCCAUUGUGGUCAACAAAGUAAUGAGCAGAAUUAAAAAGUCAAAAGCUUAUUUAUUGGACAUUACAACUCUCUCACAAUAUAGAAAAGAUGCACAUCCAGGAUUUUAUAGUGAAAUGCAUGGAUCAGAUUGUAGUCAUUGGUGUCUACCUGGAUUGCCUGAUACUUGAAAUCUUCUUCUUUAUACAUCUCUUGUCGUUUGAAUAAGUUUCAGCGACAUGACUGUUCUGAAAAAUUAUUUGUAAAAUGUCGUGACGGCAAAAUCGUCACAAAAAGUCUCAUUUCUUGUUGUGCAUAACCAUUAUUCUCUAGCUACCAUGAUACAUUUUUCCAUUUUAGGAGAUGUGUUAUUUAUGUUGAGUAUUAGGAACUUGAUUAAUUCUAUUUGUCACAAAAUAAGAAGGUUGAUGUUUGAAUUGUAAAGUGGGCAUAGGAUUUUAAGGCAUGAUGCCUUAGUCGAGGUGAGGGAAUAUUGUUGUACCUAAUGCUGUAAUAUCAAUUACAAUUCUUAUUUAAAGGAAAAGAUUAUAAAGUUGUUUUUCAUCA